AUGAAGGUGAUUUAUAUAUCCAAGACCAGUUAUCAAAAUUCUUUGAAAGAAAGUGUUAAAACUGCCAGUCCUUGGUCCAAAGAGGAAAUGGACUGUGAAACUCAUUUUAAAGACACAACAACAAGAACUCUAGAAGGUCGUUUUGUUGUAUCGAUUCCAUUGAAAGCAAGUCCAAAAAUAUUAGGUGAAUCGCUUGAGCAAAAAUUCUCAAAAAAAUACCAAUUCUCAAGAAUGUACAAGAAUUUUAUCCUCGAAUAUGAAAAGCUCAAUCAUAUGCAAAACAUAGGAGAGGUAUCUGAAGUAAAUCAUGAGGAUGCCUAUUAUUUACCGCACCAUGGAAUUCUACGUAUGCAUAGCGCAGCAACUAAAUUAAGGACAGUUUUUGACGCCUCGGAGGGAUCUACAAGUGGAGUUUCUUUUAAUAAACUUCAGCUAAAAGGACCGGUAAUUCAAGAUGAUUUAGUGUCAAUAUUAUUACGCUUUAGACAAUAUAAAUAUGUUGUUACCGCGGACAUUGAAAAAAUGUACCGUCAGGUCUUGGUGUCAAAAGAUCAGCAUGAAAUGCAAAGAAUUCUAUAG